AUGGAUUCGAAAGAAGCAACGGGUUCUGAAUCGAAAGUCGCGAGGCAGGAGGUUCUUGCGAGCGAAUUCAGGAACGUGCAGCUCCCAGCGUUUUGGAAACACGAGCCAAAAUUAUGGUUUAUGAUGCUGGAGAAGGAAUUUCAGGCGUACAAUGUAAAAGUCAACGCGGUAAAGACUUCGGCCGUGGUGCGCAAUUUGGAUCCGGCGACUAUGAGGCUCAUUAUCGAUAUUAUUGAAGCCCCGGAAGACAAGUCUACCUACGAAGACAUCAAGCAGGCCUUACUCGAGCGGUUAGAAUCCUCCGAUGAAACAAAAUUGCGACGACUUCUCACAGAGCUAGAACUGGGAGACAGGAAACCGUCCGAGCUUCUGCGAGAAAUGAAGCAGCUAGCAGGAGGAAGGAUCGCUGAUAGUGUUCUGCGUACAAUGUGGGUGGACAGGUUGCCCGCACGCGUACGGGAAGUGUUGGCCAUCGUAGACGAUGCCGAUUUGGUAAAAUUGGCGAAAAUUGCCGAUAAAAUUACGGCUCGCUCCAGUGGAGCAGAGACGGCCGUGAUAUCAGACGCAAAAGGAUUCGAAAUGGACGCCAAGCAGAGUCUACAAAAUGGCGACAUAGCCGUCAUUUGCAAUAGGCUGGAAAAGUUGGAAAUGCGUUUGGCGAGACGCGAUCAUGGCUACGGAAGAGGAAGCUACAGAAGAAGAAGUACCAGUAGACGAAGGAGCACACAGCGUAAUAAGGAAGGGUUUUGCUACUAUCACGCAAAAUUCGGAGCGGAAUCCUGGAGAUGCCGGAAACCGUGUUCGUGGACAGCCCCGGACAAGCGUCAGGGAAACUAG